AAAGGAUGGUCAGAAUAGUGAGGUACGAGUUGAUUUGAUGUUAUAUUUAGUCUUGAAAUGCGAGUUUAGUGGUGUAUAGGAGAGAGCAAGCAGGGACAAGGCUAUGGGAGGCGCCUGCGCAGUACUUAUUCACACCCACCGCUUCGAUCUCGUUGAGUUGCAUUGUUUGCUGAGGUUUAAGGUGGACAUAUGUAAGGUAGACUACAGUAGAUGUGAAUAGGUAUAGUGUUUAUAAUCAGAACUUCACCACGACGCCUUCACCGCACCAUGACAUCAGCUGUCUCCUAACAUAGGUACCACGGGACGUUUGUGGCGAAGCUGAGAGUGUGGAUCUAGGAGAAAGAGGACAGAGGUGCAGAGGCUUGGACGUAGCCAGCCUGAUGCUGAGCUGCGUACACCCGAACCUUUUUGUCCUCUUCAAGAAGCUCUUUGGUGUUGCCCCCCCACCGGGUGACUCAGAGGCAGACAUGUAUAAUAACUUGAGUCCACAGUGGCCCUUUGUAAGACAGCGACACCCUGCAGAAGUGCAGGGUGCCAACCACAAGGUGCGGGCUGAAAGAAUAACUAUAGAAGGGGAUAUCUUAAGUUACAGUGAAGAGGAAGAAGAAGAAAGAGUUGGGGUAUAUAUAGGAGAAAUGCCCAUCUCUCCAGACCACAAUUACUUUGAGAUUGAAAUUCUAGACAUGGGAGCACAAGGAGCCAUAUGCAUUGGUCUGUGCUCUGCUAAGUAUCCAUUGCACAAGUUGCCAGGAUGGGCAGUAGACAGUGUGGGCUACCAUGCUGAUGAUGGCAAACUGUACAAGGCUUGGCCUAGAGGGACAGUGUUUGGGCCACGGUGUGGCGCUGGAGACAGGAUGGGCUGUGGUGUGAAAUAUGAGCAACUGUCUCCAGGAAGUGAUCCAUCAUCCGUCCCUGUGUUUUUUACCAAAAAUGGAAAAGAAAUUGGUGUAGUGAUGGUUCAUGUGGCUCGUGGAGGGCUGUUUCCCUGUGUUGGGCUGGCUGCUGCCGGUGAUGCUGUAAGAAUUGUUCCUCAGCUCAUCUGGCCUCCAGAUGAAGACACACACAUGUCUGUCGACUCCAUGGAGGAAGAGUGGCUUCGUCUUCAUGAUAUUCGGCUAAAUGGCCAGAUGCUAGAGUACUGUGGACGAGGGAAAAGUCUCUUAGACGUGGGUCUUGCUCAGGCCCGUGUUCCCCUCAACACUACUUGCCAUUAUUUUGAGAUGGAAAUUGUUGAUCCAGGACGCUCAGGUUACAUUACCAUAGGACUUACAAAAAAGGAGUAUCCCAAAUAUCGACACCCCGGCUGGAAUAGAGGAAGUAUUGCUUAUCAUGCUGAUGAUGGAAGAGUCUUCACUGGGAAGUCCAUUGGCUCAUUGUUUGGGCCUCGGUGCCACAAAGGAGACAUUAUGGGGUGUGGCAUCAUAUUCCCAAGAGACUAUGUUUGUAACUAUGAUAGUGAAGGAGGAAGCAUGGAGGAAGAGAGUCCAGAACCCCUGGAAUGUGAUGAUCUCCUGGAGCAUUUCUUACACUACCAGCAGCCAGCAGUGCCAGCCCUCUCCCCUCUAUAUCCUAACCGUCAUCACCGCCACCACCAUCACCAUCAUCAUAACCAUAUUCUUACUACUGAUUCUGAAGAUGAUGAGGAUGAAGAAGAGGAGGAAGAAGACGAGGAGGAUUCCUUAGAACCUUCACGUAGACAACAUUUAGGAGGGAAGGUCCAGGUAUUUUUUACAAGGAAUGGCCAGAUGAUUGGACGCCGUGAGGUGGAAUUGCCCCGAGGUGGAUUCUUCCCAAGCAUCAGCAUGGGAAGUGUCAAUGAAAGAGUCAGGGUCAACCUUCGCCCUCUCACAGGCUAACUAGUCCUCCCCAGCAGUGAGUGUAGAAUCACUAUGAUGUGAUCACUAUGAUGUGAUUAGGUUAUAUCAUCCAUCAGAAAAUUUACCUAUCAACAUGUCACGGGUUUCAGCAGGAUAUAUGCAGUUGCUUUAAUUAGUAAUCGGUGUAGAUUAGAAAUUUACUGAGCAGUACAUACACAUUUGGUUUUUACUAGUUUGUCUGGUGAUUUUCUCCCUGUCAUGUAUUGGUCAUGGGACUCACAGCCAGAGAUUAGUGUGUGCUGCAAGAUGUGAGAGGAGAAUGCUGACAACAGGACACUAUAGGACAGCCUUUAUUGUUUGAUAGCCAUGUGUUAUGAAAUACUGCAUUUGAGAAGUAUUAUUUGCAUUCUAUUGAGAUUGAAACUUGUAUUUUUCUCCUGGAUAACUUUCAUUUGAUGGUAUUUGAGAAAUUAUAAAGAAAUGUAUUCAGUGAUGUCAGUCAGUGUGUGUAUCUCACUCUUAUGUAUAUUUAAUGAAAGUACCUGGAUAUUCAAUAACCAUUUUUGUUAUUCAAAAUAUCACAUUAAGUAGAGAGUCACCUAGCAUGUUGCAGGGUAUUUAUAUCAUGUAAUCAAUCAAUUGUGAUAGUUUUUAGCACAAAAAUAUGUGUAAUGUGUUGCAUAUAUUUUUACAGAUAAGCAAAGUUUAACAUUAUGCUUCCUCUCAAUCAGAAGACUUUUUUUUUAUUAGUAUGCUUUCCAGAAGUUAUAAGUGUUCCUUUAUCUUCUUGGCAGGGAUGCUUAACAUUUGAGUCGUGCAUGUGUUCCUUCCUGCCUAGCUGUCAUGUCUUUGUGUGCAGGAUGUGCUGUUGCUCCUCUGGGAGUUAGUCACCUUUCAUACUCUGCUGAGGUUUAGUUUCAUGGCUGUAAUGCUAUAAUGUAUUUUACCCAAAUAUCCCUUUUGUACUUAUCCCAUGAAUUUUCAUGGGUAGAAUAUGAACAUAAGGGCAUAUAUAGUGAAUCAUAUUUAGA